GGGGCGCAGCACGUAUCAUCCCACCUCUUCCCCAUUUCCAUCGGUGAAAAGAAAUCAGGGGCCCUUGUCUUGGCACAGAGGAAUAUCGGUAGUGAGACGUACUGUAAGAGCAUGGGCACAGAGGGAUGAACACAGAAGGAAUUUCUUGGGAGAUUUGCUGCGCAGGCGUGGAGCAGCAGUUUGCUUCGCCUGCUCUCUCUCACCAGGACACGAGAAAGAAGUGAUCUUUCUCCACUCCCCUUCUUCUCCACCGAGGAGGAGAGGACUGCUUGAGGCACUUCCCCACCCCAUCGGUGCCGUAUUUCGCCGUUAUACGGUAAAACCCAUUGCUUCGACGGUCAAUCGGCUGGCGGGUGAACCAAGAUUGCAUUUUGAUUGGCUAGGCGUGCUCCUGGAUGCGUUUCUUGGAGACCCUGUCCGAUAUCCGAUCCAUGGCGGCCGGUGACAUCUUGGGUUUACCUUUCCUCGGCUAGUCUUGUGCUGGGGAGGGUUUCUUGGUUCCUCGGUUGCAGCUGUGUAGGGAUUUCUGAGUGGGUUGGAUGGCGCCGGUGGGUGGUGUCGUGGAGAUUAGCUCCGAUGAGGACGACUCCCCCGUGGGCAACAAGUUGCCCCUCGAUCCCCUUGGAUGGGCGUCGGACCUUUUUGAUGUGGAUGAUGAUGCAAUCGGGGAGGAUUUCGAUGAUCUCAUGAUUAUGAGUGAGUUGUCGUCUCCACCGGUCCUGCAGAAGACAGCCAAGCCUGACGAUCUCGUUAUUAUGAGUGAGUUGUCUUCACCACCGGUGCUGCAGAAGGCCAAGCCUGGUGGCGGCCAUGAUGAUGAGGAAGAUGAUUGUGUGGUUCUAGAUGGUGACCCCGAUAAGGUGGUUACCGUGGCUGAGGAGGGGAGCGCGGGAGACGGCAGCUCGGAUGAAUUGCAGAUAGUCGCGGAGAAAGGCCUGAUAGCAUGUAGGGACUUCCCUCACUCACGCCAUUCAUGCUCAAACUUGCCCUUCGGCACUACUUCUCAUGUGAAGCAUUGUAGCAUGUGCUACUGUUUUGUAUGUGAUGCUCCAGCUCCAUGCACUUAUUGGGGUAGCGGAACCUCGGUUGUUGAUCAUUGCCAUGCUACGAAUACGGAACCAAAGUGGAAAAUACUGAGGCAAGCAUUCAAGUGCAAAAGUCUGCCAGCAUCUGGUCUAGAAAAACACCAGAAUGUCAUGUACUCAACAAUGACGUCACCCAGACAGCAAGCACAAGCUAUGCAGUGUCAAGUUGCAGUCCCACAAUCACUUCUGUCUUCAGUACCAAAUAUGGGUCACUCUUCUCUUGCCAACAGAAGUCCUCUUCUGAAUGAAGUGAGCCAAAAACAACAAAGGCAUCCCUCAGUCAGAGUCUCACUGAGUGUAGCUGGAACCGUCAGUGCACCAAGAGCUGGAAGAGGUACAGGCAAUGCUCACAUCACUCAAAAUACUCAUUCACGUGCAAUAUUCAAAAGAGUAGGGGGUGUUUCUCCAGGCCUUGCAACCACAGCCCAUAACCGAUUUGGUUCUGCUGCUGCUCCAGAUAAUUCCCUGAUACACCAGGCAUCUCAGCCAGUUCAAGGUGCACCAAUAACUAAUGUUUUCACUGGUACUGCUCAGAACAACCCCCCUCAGAGAUCUUUCAGUGCACCAGUAGCAUCUCAGGAACAAGGUCAACCAGCAGCAUAUUGGCAGAUUGCCUCAAAUGGAAUGAAUGUCACAGGACCACAACUUUCACGGUGCACCUCGCUUACAACUCAGAUAACGCAAUCCAUGCCAGAACCAGUAAUCGAUGUUAACACAAAAAGCUGGGAAGAAUUACUUGCUAGUGUGGCAUCUGAACUGGGGGUACCCGAUUACAAUUUUGGCUCCACACAGUUGCAGCAUGUAACAACUAACUCUGGACCUGUGCAUUCUGCUGCAAGCCAGGGGUUAGGCGUUCAGCAUGAGUCUGUUGCAGCAACAGAGAACUUGACAGCUUCUUAUGUGCAUGAUAUAUCCAAUUACACUACAGGUGGCAAUGUUCAGGCAGAUGAUCCUCUACAAUCAACAGAGAAUUUCCACCAUCUGGAUUCCCAGAGCAGUCUUGUUCCUAAUGAAGCUUAUCUGAAUAAUUUUGCAAGUGCCCCUUCUGAUGGAUUAUCGAUAGAAGCUGCUCGUCAGCUUGAGAUAUCAAGACUGGAGUCUGCAAUUCUGUUAGAAUUUGACUUUCUGCCUUAGCAUUUUCUGAACCCCAUGAACAAUAAAUCGGUGGCAUCAACAUGUCACUUCAUAGGUCUCCUUCAUAGGAGACAGUGAGGAGAUGCUCCUUGUACAAUUUGUAGAUUCUGUAGUAGAGAUGUUCUGCUUCAUGGUUGUUGUUUACCUGACUGUCGUACAUGCCUCUUAGGGCCUCUAGAUGCUAUGCCUCUUAGGGCUUAGAUGUUAAACAGUUAUCACCCUGAAGUUGGAGGGCAGAAUUUCAAUUCCCUGACUGUUGGUUAUAUCUAUGGCUCAUAAUCUGAUGCCAAAAUGCAUGUUUGGUGCAGUGCUCAACCAUUGGCCUACCUCCUUACAACAUGAAUUUUUGAGGUACAAAUAGUUAGAGUUGGUAUCAGUCCC